UUCCAGAAUGCACUAAUUUGCAAAGUGGAAGCUGAGAACAUCCAUCUACCUAUUGGUGAAUGAGCAGAGAAUACCUUGUAUCUAUAAAGCCAGAGCGGGAUAUUUAAACCAGUUGAACUCUCCUGUUGAUCAAAAUCCACUGUCACAAAUCCAUUUGCAUUUUGGGAUUUGAAGAAAAACCAGUUCCCAGGAUCCUUGAACAAAAUCUCUGCUUGGAAAUUUUCAGCAACACUCAAAUCCAUUUUGCACCAGUUCUUUAUGACACUUUCAUGACAGACUACAAAGUACAAUUGCCCAAAAUGAUUAAUAAAUCAAUUAUGCUUCUGAGCCUAGUGGUUCUUCAUAGCACAUUUAUAAAUGGAAAAACAACAUGUAAAUGGCAAUUUGUGGAAGAAUGGCAUAUACAGCCAUUAUUAUAUGUGGUGAAUUGGACACUAACAGAAAACAUCUGCAUGGACUUCUAUAGAGAUUGCUGGUUUGGGGAUGUAAAUACCAAAAUGAAUACUUCAGGCAAUCAAGUUGUUCCCCAGAUUUGCCCUUUGCAAAUUCAGUUAGGGGACAUCCUUGUAAUUUCUUCUGAACCAUCUCUUCAGUCUCCAGAAAUAAAUUUGAUGAAUGUUUCUGAAGCAUCAUUCAUUGACUGUCUGCAAAACACCACAACUGAAGAUCAGUUACUUUUUGGUUGCAAACUAAAAGGAAUGCAUACUGUUAAUUCUCAGUGGCUGAGUGUUGGGACACAUUAUUUUAUCACAGUUAAAGCAAGUGGUCCAUCGCUUUGUCACCAGGGGCUACGACUAAAUGUGACAGUGAAAGAACAGUUCUGCCAGGAAUCUCUGAGUUCAGAAUUUUGCUCUGGGCAUGGCAAAUGUCUUACUGAAGUUUGGAGCAAGACAUACAGCUGCCAUUGCCACCCUCAAUUUUCUGGAAAAUAUUGCCAAGAACUUGAUGCAUGUUCUUAUAAGCCAUGUGAAAAUAAUGGCAUUUGCAUUAAUAAAAGAGGAAAAUGGAAUACACAAGUAUAUGAAUGUAUCUGUCACCAGCCAUUUACAGGCAAAAAUUGUUCAGAAAUUAUUGACCAAGGUCAACCACAUAUCUGUUUCCAUGGGAAUUGCAGCAAUAUUACUAUAUAUAAUUUCAUCUGUGAAUGUGAUGAACCAUUUUCAGGUCCGUCCUGUGAGGAGUCAAUGGAAUGUUAUAUUUCUCAGUCUUGUUGGAAAGGGAAUAUUUGCCAAAAUAAAAGCUCUGUUUACAUUUGUGAAUGCCCAGAAGGAUUUUUUGAUGAAAACUGUGAAACUGAUAUGUACAAAUGUUCAUCAAUGCCAUGUCAGAAUGAUGCAGACAACAUUCAUAUUCCAAAUGGUACUACGUACAUCUGUUCAGCAAUAUUUACAGGCAAGCUUUGUAAGAGACAACUUCAAAUACCACGCGAGUCAUUUCCUUGCAAGAAUAAUACUGCAUGUAUGAAAUAUGGGAAGGAUUAUCAUUGCAGUUGUUUGCCAGGAUUUACUGGAAAAAACUGUGAGAAAGUAAUUGACCACGGUAGACUGCUCAGCAUCAACUGUCUGAAUGAAGGAUGGUGUUUCUAUAUAAGUGGAAGAUUCAGAUAUGUAGGUACUUUAGAGUGCACAAGAUAUUCCUGUUGGCUUGUGAAGAAUGUUUGCUUCAUUCAUCUGUACCCCUGCUACUCUGGAACCAAAAGCCAUGACAUUUGCCAAGCUAAAGUCCAUCCUCCUCCUCAAUUUAAAUAUUUGUGGCAACUGGUAUUUAAAGGAUCUGAGGAUGGAAAUUGUGAAGUGUCUGUUGAUGCCUACUUUUUUCUCUCUGCAAACUAUACUGAAGGAGCAGUCUAUGUGAACCCAUCUGAAGACCUUGAUUAUGUAUGUUGGUUCCUAUGUGAAGGAACAAUAGAGAUGUGUGAAAAUGAAUGCAGUUGUUUGACUAAAGAAGACAAUAAGAGACGCUGGUGCCUAUGUAUUCCAAGAUGGGCUUGCAAAAUGUCUUUGGAAAAUACAACUGAUUAUGAAGAAAGUGGAUGUCAACAUGAAGCUCUUUAUAAAGAUGAAAUUAAUAAAUCCAGAUGCAGCUGUUCUCCUGUUUACAUGGACGGAUUCUAUAACCUCAGUGUUGAAGAUUGCUUAGGAAACCAGAGUACAUCAGUGCAUGGCUUCUGCUUGGUCCAUUUGCACAACUGCAACUGUAGCUGUCUGCAAAGAUCUGAAAGAAACAUCUGUGAAAUAGAAACUGAAGAUUGUAAAUCUGUACCCUGCAAAAAUGAAGCAACCGGUAUACAUUUAAGUGGCCAUUUCUACUGCAAAUGUAUCCCAGGAUUUACAGGCAACCAAUAUAAAAUAAACACAGAUUUGUGUUCUUCACAUCCAUGCAAGAAUGGCGCUACCUGCAUUGACCAACCUGGUAAUUACUUCUGCCAUUGUGUGGCUCCAUUUAAAGUGGUUAAUGGCUUCUCCUGCUUAUGCAAUCCGGGUUUUGCUGGCUUGAGGUGUGAACAGGACAUUGAUGAUUGUAUCCUGAAUGCCUGUGAGCACAAUUCUACCUGCAAAGAUCUUCAUCUCAGCUACCAGUGUGUCUGCUUACCUGGUUGGGAAGGAAGUUUUUGCGAACAAGAAUCCAAUGACUGCAAAAUGAAUACUUGUAAGAACAAUUCCACCUGUACUGACAUCUACAAUAGCAAUCACUGUGAGUGUACAUCUGGAUGGACUGGACAAAACUGUAGUGAAGAAAUAAAUGAAUGUGACUCUGACCCAUGCAUGAAUGGAGCUCUUUGUCAUGAGUCUACCAUUCCUGGGCAAUUUGUAUGCCUGUGUCCACCCUUUUAUACUGGAAAAUUUUGCCAUCAACACUAUAACCCUUGUGAUCCAGUCAGUGACCCUUGCAGAAACAACUCAACAUGUUUGACUUUGGUAGAUGGAACUCAUUCCUGUGUGUGUAGAGAAGGAUUUGAGGGUGAACAUUGUGAAAUUAAUGUGGAUGAGUGCUUCUCCCUUCCCUGUCAGAAUUAUGGUGACUGUCAAGAUGGGGUCAACAAUUUCAGAUGUGUUUGCAGACCUGGGUUUUCUGGAACUCUAUGUGAACUUGAAACAAAUGAGUGUUCUUCUAGACCUUGCAAAAAUAAUGGGACCUGUGUGGAUCUGGCAAACAGAUCUGUGUGUAAUUGUGAGCCAAGGUACCAUGGACCUUUGUGUGAAUUGGAUAUGAGUAAAUGCAAAAUCUCACUUUGUCUGGAUAGAGAAGAUUGUGUCAGCAGAACUGGUGGAUACAGCUGCCUCUGUGAUCCUGGUUAUACAGGCAUUCAUUGUGAAGUAAAUAUAGAUGAAUGUCUAUCAGAUCCCUGUCUCCAUGAUGGAACUUGUAUUGAUGGCAUCAAUCAUUAUGCCUGUGACUGCAAGAGUGGAUUUUUUGGAACACACUGUGAAAAAAAUGCAAAUGAUUGCCUCUCAAAUCCUUGUCUAUAUGGAAGAUGUAUAGAUCUCGUUAGCGAGUAUCAAUGUUCAUUUGUUGCAGAAUGGACUAGCUCAAGAUGUGAGAUCAAGAUUAAUAACUGUACAUCAAUUCCUUGCAUAAAAGAAGACUCCUGUGAGAAAUCAGUCCAUGACUUUACUUGGAUUUGCCCAAGUGGAUACACUGGUGCAUAUUGUGAAAUAAAUAUUGACAGUCAUGCUGAGCCUGAACUGAAUUUGGUCUUCUGGCUUAAUGGAUGGAUUUGUGUUGAUGGAUCUGGACACAAGUUUUACUGCAGAUGUCUUCCUGGAUUUUCUGGGCAAUUUUGUAAAAUUAAUAUAAAUGAAUGUUCUUCAUCACUAUGUCUAAAGGGUGCAAAGUGUGAAGAUCACAUCAAUGGAUGUAUUUGCAAAUGUCAACAAGGACAGUCAGGACAUCACUAUGAGUAUGGACUUGAAGAGUGCAUUUCCAACUUAUGUGUUCAUGGAAUAUGCACAGAAAAUGAACCUGGCCUUGGCUCAACAUGUUUACACAUAUCUGGAUUUGUGACCUGCGCCACUGGGCUCUUUUGUGGUGAUGGAAUAGGGAGCAUUACCUGUUUACCUCCCAUCUCUGAAAGAACCGAUCUCAUUUCAACACGAACAUAUACAGUACCUGCUUCUGACACUUCAGCCAGUGGCUUUCCAUCAGCAAGGGCUACAGGACUAUGGACCAUAAUGGCUACUUACCCAGUUGACCCAGGUCCCAAACAGACAGAUAUUAUCAAGGAUGGUGUUCUCCCAACCACUGGUUUGGCAGCAUUAAGUAUUGGCAUAUCUUUUGAAAGCUAUAUACUCAAAGAACUGAUUUCCACUAGAGAGCUCUCAGCCAAAUACAGUCUUCGUUCUUCCACAGAUGUUUCCUCUUCUCAGUUUCUGAAUUUUGGUGUUCAUGACCCAGCACAAAUUGUCUGGGGCAAAACAUCCAUAUCAUAUAUGCCUAUCCAAACUUCAGUAGCCAUGCCAGGAUUCCUUUUCCCAAGUAGGGGAGAGAGGGCCUCAUUUAUCAUCUCUUCUUUCAUGACAGAUUCUAUUUUUCCUACAGAAUCUUUAUUAUUUGAGAAUAAUCAGACUAUUGCCUUAUCUACUACCACAAUGAGUUCAGUAAUUACUGGCAUUCCAGGGGCUGAUAUUAAAUUAAACAGGCACUCAUUACUCUCCCAUGGAUUCCUGCUCACAACUGCUUCUACAAGUGCACCUCCAAUUGUCUCAAGGGGGGCUCAAGAGGAUAUUGAAGGAUAUUCAGCUGUUUCCUUAAUUUCAAGAAGAGAGUACUGGAGAUUGCUAAGCUCCUCAAUGUCUCCCAUUUCUCCUGCUAAGAUAAUUAUAUCUAAACAGGUAGCCAUCUUAAACUCAUCAACUCUGCACCAAUUCACUACACAAGCUUCCUUUCCCAGUGAAUACCAGGUUAUUAUGGAAGCAUCUAGCAACCAGAGACUCACAAACAUCAAAUCACAGGCUGCUGAUUCUUUAAGUGAAUUAAGCCAAACUUGUGCAACAUGUUCUAUGACUGAAAUAAAAUCCUCUCAUGAAUUCUCAGAUCGAGUUUUGCAUAGCAACCAUUCCCACUUUUAUGAGACAUUCUGGAUGAACUCAGUGAUAUUAGCCAGCUGGUAUGCACUAAUGGGAAUUCAAACUAUCACUUCUGGGCAUUCAUUUUCCUCUGCUACUGAAAUAACUCCAUCAGCAGCGUUCACAGAGCUGUCAUCUUUAUUCCUUUCUAAAAAGAGUACAGAAAAAAGGAUUUUAUCCUCAUCCUUGGAAGAAUCUACUACCCUAUCAAGUAAUUUGGAUGUUAACUUAUGUUUGGAUAAGACUUAUUUAUCCAUUGUCCCAUCACAAACUACCUCUUUAUACCUGAUGAAUACUGAUUUGACUUCAAAACUGGCUACUGAUGAUCCUUCUCUGUCAGAAAAUGUUUUAAAACUAUUGACAAUAGGACAAUAUGGUGUAACUGUGGGCCCCACUGAGAUACUGAAUCAAGACAAUUUAUUGGAUGUGCAAGAGAUUAAAGGAUCUCAUCAACAGUCCAAACUUCUCACACAUGAUAGCUCUCUAGAUUUUGAAUUAAAUUUAGAAAAUCAUCCGGAAACUGUACAUUCAAGUGACCUCAAAAACAACCUGCUUCCUUACAUGAACUCAGUGUCUGAUUUUUCAGAAGUAACCUCUAAUGUUCAAUUUUAUGCAGUUUCAGCAAGUCAGUCACUUCCAAUACAGACCUCUUUCCCUAUGUCUGUACUUAUGCCAGACUGGACAUAUUAUACAGAUUAUCUGACCUUCACAUCUGAUUUAAAAGAAGGGCUCAGAACUUCUUCAGAGUGGUCCAAAUGGGAACUUCAGCCUAGUGUACAUGGCUGGGAACCUCUUGAUGCAAGCCAGAGGCUUCCUGUCACUAGAUCUCUUACUUUGUCUUCCCCGGAGUUGAUUCCUCUUCAGCUGAUGAUUUCUGGUUUCAGUUGUGCUUGUUAUUAUGGAGAUUCCUAUCUAGAAUUUCAGAAUGUGUUGUUAAAUCCACAGAACAACAUGUCACUAGAAUUUCAGACCUUCAACUCCUAUGGACUCCUGCUCUAUCUCAAACAAGACUCAGAUUCAGUAGAUGGGUUUUUUAUUCAAUUAUGUAUUGAAAAUGGUACUUUAAAGUACUACUUUUUCUGUGCUGGUGAAGCAAAAUUGAGAAGCAUUAACAGUACUAUUAAAGUAGAUGAUGGACAGAAGUAUACACUUCUCAUCAGGCAAGAAUUUGAUCCAUGUAGAGCUGAAUUGACUAUUCUAGGGAGGACUAUAAAGGCAAGUGAAUCUGUCAAUCACGUAUCUGGAAAACCCUUGCCAGAAUCAGGAUCUCUCUUUAUUGGUGGAUUUCCGUAUCUUCAUGGUGCAAAUCAGCAACCUCUCCCUCCCAGAAAUUUUACUGGCUGCAUAGAAGUUAUAGAAAUCAAUAACUGGAAAUUUUUUAUCCCAUCCAAGGCAGUGAGAAAAAUUCAUGUGGACAAUUGCAGAUCCCAGGAUUCUACUCUGUCUACAGUGUCCUCUGUUGCUCCUUCUGGUAUAACAGAAGGGGUUGGCUCCCUAUGGACUUUCCUCAGCUCCCCUCUUGCAGUGCCAUCCACGUGCCAGGAGAAUGUGUGUCACAAUGGAGGCACUUGCCAUCCUGUCUUCCUCUCCAGUGGUAUGUUCUCAUUCCACUGUGACUGUCCACUACAUUUUACUGGCCGUUUCUGUGAACAAGAUGCAGGUUUAUUAUUUCCAUCUUUCAACGGGAAUUCCUAUAUAGAACUGCCUUUUUUUACAACCCUGGAUGAGUUGAAAUUUGUGCCAGAGAAGGAACGUAACAGAACUGUUACCAUCUACUUGACUAUAAAAACAAGCACUUUGAAUGGAACUAUUCUCUACAGUAAUGAGAAGAAUAUUGGGCAACACUUUCUUCAUUUGUUUCUCGUGGAAGGACAGCCCACAGUUAAAUAUGGAUGUGGAAGUUCUCAAAAUAUCUUGACUCUUUCUGCUAGUUACAGAAUUAACACAAAUGUCUUCAUCCCUAUCACAGUACGCUACACAAUCCCCGUUGGCAGCCCUCAGGUUGCUUGCAUGAUUGAAAUGACUGCAGAUGGAAAACCUCCAAUACAGAAGCAAGACACAGAGAUACCCCAUGUCUCUCAGGUACAUUUUGAAUCAAUGUUCCUUGGCCAUAUCCCAGCAAAUAUUAAGAUCCAUAAGAAAGCAGGUCACAUUUAUGGCUUCAAAGGCUGCAUUCAAGAGUUUCAAGUAAACAACAAAGAAUUCUUCAUCAUUGAUGACGCACUGCGUGGAAAGAACAUUGAGAACUGCCAUGUCCCAUGGUGUGCUCAUCAUCUAUGCCACAACAAUGGCACCUGCAUCAGUGAUCAUGGAAACUGGUUUUGUGAGUGUCCGAGGCUAUACGCAGGCAAGAUGUGCCAGUUUGCUACCUGUGAAAACAGCCCGUGUGGGGACGGUGCCACCUGUGUUCCUAAAUCCAAGACAGAUGUCAUCUGCCUCUGCCCAUAUGGGAGGUCUGGAUUCCUCUGCACGGACGCUGCUGAUAUUUCUCGGCCCAGGUUCAGGGGCACAGACGCCUUCGGAUACACGUCAUUUCUGGCUUAUUCACGGAUCCCAGACAUCGGCUUCAGUUAUGAAUUCCACUUGAAGUUUCAGCUGGCAAAUAAUCACUCGGCACUGCAAAAUAACUUAAUAUUUUUCACUGGACAGAAGGGCCAUGGGUUGAAUGGCGACGAUUUCCUGGCUGUGGGUCUGCACAACGGCAGUGUGGUUUACACUUACAACUUGGGAUCGGGCACAGCCAGUAUCAGCAGUGAUCCCCUCGAUCUGAGCCUCGCCAUCCACACCGUCCGUCUGGGGAGGUUCUUCCAGAUGGGCUGGCUGAAGGUAGAUGAUCAUAAAAAUAAAUCCGUCAUCUCCCCGGGAAGACUGGUUGGUCUCAAUGUCAUCAGUCAGUUUUAUGUAGGUGGCUACAGUGAAUAUACACCAGAUCUCUUACCCAGUGGAGCCAAUUUUAAAAACGGCUUUCAAGGUUGCAUUUUCACUGUGCAAGUUCGCACUGAGAAGGGCCGUUUCAGAGGCUUGGGAGACCCUGAGGGCCACCCGACUGCCGGGCGCAGCGUUGACCAGUGCGAUGCUUCUGCCUGCAGUUUAAUGAAAUGUGCCAACGGUGGGACAUGCAUAGAGGGUAGAUCUGCUGCUUACUGUGAUUGUCCCCUUGGGUGGAAAGGAGAAUUCUGCACAGAGACCAUUUCCACCUGUGACCCUGAACAUGACCCUCCACACAACUGUAGCAAAGGGGCAACUUGUGUUUCACUGCCCCAUGGAUACACCUGUUACUGUCCUCUGGGAACCACUGGAAUCUACUGUGAACAAGUUUUUUCUAUAAGUGAUCCAUCUUUCAGAAGCCAUGAAUUAUCCUGGAUGUCUUUUGCUUCCUUCCGUAUUCGAAAAAAGACACAUAUUCAGUUGCAGUUUCAGCCUCUUUCUGCAGAUGGCAUCUUAUUUUAUGUUGCACAACACUUAAAAGCACAAUCAGGUGAUUUUUUAUGUAUAUCCUUAGUAAAUGGUUCUGUUCAAUUUCGCUACAACCUUGGUGAUGGAACUAUCAUUCUAGAAACUCUCCAAAAAGUAACGACGGAUGGAAGUACUUGGCAUGUGAUUAAAGCAGGAAGAGUUGGUGCAGAAGGCUACCUGGAUCUGGAUGGGAUAAAUGUAACGGAAAAAGCCAACGCUAGAAUGAGCUCCCUGGACACACAUACUGACUUCUAUAUUGGGGGAGUGUCAUCCUUGAAUCUUGUAAACCCUAUGUCCAUAGCAAGUGAACCUAUAGGUUUUCAUGGUUGUGUCCGAGAAGUUAUUAUAAAUAAUCAAGUAUUACAACUAACUGAAUUAGGAGCAAAACGAGGUUCAAAUGUAGGUGACUGUGAUGGGACACCCUGUGAGUACAAUGUGUGCAGAAAUAGGGGUGAAUGUGUAGUAAAUGGCACAACUUUUUCUUGCAGAUGUUUGCCACAUUGGGCUGGAAAUACAUGUGACCGGUCUGUGUAUUGUUUAAAUAAUCUUUGUCUUCACCAAUCUCUAUGUAUACCUCAAGAGUCAUAUUCUUACACUUGUUUGUGUGCUUUGGGUUGGGUGGGAAAGUAUUGUGAAAACAAAACUUCAUUUUCAACUGCAAAAUUUAUGGGUAAUUCUUACAUUAAAUACAUUGAUCCAGAUUACAGGAGGAGAAACCUUCAGUUCACUACUAUAUCCUUAAAUUUCAGUACCGCUGAAACAGAAGGCUUAAUUGUAUGGAUAGGAAAAGCUCAAAAUGAAGAAAGUGAUUUUCUGGCAAUUGGUCUCCAUAAUCAGUCCUUGAAAAUAGCAGUUAACUUAGGAGAAAGCAUUUCUGUGCCUAUGACCUAUAACAAUGGCACAUUCUGUCAUAAUAAAUGGUACCAUGUAAGAGUAAUUCAAAAUCAGACUCUUAUUAAGGCCUACCUAGAUGACAAUCUAGUCAUCUCUGAGGAUAUUGACCCCCACAAAAAAUUUGUUGCUCUAAACUAUGAUGGCAUUAGUUAUCUAGGGGGCUUUGAAUAUGGCCAAAAGGUAAAUAAAGUGACUCGAGAGAUUUUUAAAAGAGCUUUUGUAGGCAAAAUUAAAGAUGUAUUUUUUCAGGACUCAAAAAAAAUUGAGCUAAUUAAAUCAGAGGGAUACAAUGUCUUUAAUGGAGAUGAACAAAAUUAAUUAUAUAAACUACUAGUGAUUUUAAUUUACAAAAUGUAUGUGUAAAUGUAGUUGUUUCAGAUAGUCAUUUCUUUGGCACACUGUAGUCUAAAUGCUACACAUCUUUUUCUAUAAGUUUAUAAAAUAUAGCUGAGGAAACGAUUUGUUUUCCUACACCCAAUAUAUCUGUAAAUCUGUUGAUUCCAAAGUUUUUACCCCAUUUUGUGUUUACACAAAUUUGUUUACACAAAUUUCAAAUAAAAUUUAGGUGGGAUAAAUGAUACAAAGAAAAAUAAAUGAAAAAGCAAAUAACCAUAGAAAAAUAAAAAUUAUAUUA